AUGGCAGGCCUCCUGUUCCACGACCUGCACCUAUACAUGAAUGCAAACCCGUUAUCUAUAUCCAUGUCCAAAUCCAAAAAACCCAUGUACAAAACCAUCGUCCCUGUAUUUCCAAUUCGCCCCGUUCCCAUCUUUUUUUCUUCUCUCUGGUUGACCUCUUUCAAACAUAGGCCCGAGAUGAAGGUCGAUGCUUCGCAUCGAUACCGAAAAAGUAGCAAGCAAAACCACGCCCAAAAGCAAGAAGAUACACAGAAUUUGAACAAAAGUUUUUACAGAACCAUGCGCAGCAAGCUGCGCGUACAUGAAACGUAA